CAUUUCACACCUUGUCAAACUCGCUUUCACACCUUGUCGAACUCGCUCCGAGUUUAAAAACAAAGCCUUGGAUAACUUUCCUAGUUAAAGCAAUGAAUCUCGGUGAAUCCACGCUAUGCUUUGCCCUGACAAUCGCCAUUAUCAAAUUCUCUCAUUUUCUGUUCCGCUUUAUUCGCUCUCUCAAUAUGUCGUCCUCUUCUUCCUCUACUUCACCAACCGGCGAUGCUGUAACUCUCCGUCGAAACCGUAUUCUCUCAAGCAAGCUCUACUUCGACGUCCCUCUCUCAAAGGUUCCGCUAAUUUACUCGUCAGCUUAUGAUAUCUCGUUUCUUGGCAUAGAGAAGCUGCAUCCAUUUGAUUCAUCCAAAUGGGGACGUGUGUGCCGAUUUCUCAUAGUGGAGGGUGUGCUGGACAAAAAUGGUAUUGUUGAACCUCUGGAAGCUUCAAAGGAUGAUCUCCUUGUGGUUCAUUCAGAGUCAUACUUGAGUAGUCUAAAGAGCAGUUCAAAUGUUGCCAUGAUAAUUGAGGUUCCUCCCGUUGCACUAUUUCCUAAUUGUCUUGUGCAGCAGAAGGUUCUUUUCCCAUUUCGCAAACAGGUAGGAGGAACCAUCUUGGCAGCUAAACUUGCGAAAGAGCAAGGAUGGGCCAUCAAUGUUGGAGGAGGGUUCCAUCACUGUUCUAGUGAAAAAGGAGGCGGUUUUUGUGCUUAUGCAGACAUUUCUCUUUGCAUACAUUAUGCCUUUGUGCGGUUGAAUGUAUCAAGGGUGAUGAUAAUUGACCUUGAUGCGCAUCAAGGAAAUGGCCAUGAAAUGGAUUUUUCCAAUGACAGCCGAGUCUAUAUUCUGGAUAUGUAUAACCCUGGAAUAUAUCCAUUUGAUUAUGAGGCAAGGAGAUAUAUUGAUCAGAAAGUUGAAGUAGUGAGCGGGACCACAACAAAUGAGUACUUGAGGAAAUUAGAUGAAGCACUUGAGCUUGCUGGCCAAAAGUUUGAUCCUGAGUUGGUGGUCUACAAUGCUGGCACUGAUAUCCUAGAUGGAGAUCCACUAGGCAGGCUGAAGAUCAGUCCUGAUGGAAUAACUGCCAGAGACGAGAAGGUUUUCAUGUUUGCCCGUGAAAGGAAUGCUCCUCUUGUCAUGCUGACAUCAGGUCCUGUGAUAUUUCUAAGAAUCUUCAAAUUAGUGCUCCAGCUUCAAUACUCAAAAGUUGCGUCUGCUUUUACUUGUGCUCACCUAAUUCCUCAGCCAAGUCCAUUGAGAGAAAAAUGGCUCAUUACAAAGAAUCAUCUUUUGAUCUUCAUGCUUCAUUUGUUAGUGCUUGUCAAUUUUGCAGACCAUGUCUCAGGCUCCCUAAUCACUUUGCUUCACUCACUGAGACGCAUCCUCUUAAUUAAUUCUAACUAAUUCAUUUAUAGGACUUGAAAAAAAAAAAUCUACAGGAAAACUGCAAAUUGCUCAAAUUUGCAUUAAGAUUAAUGUCCAUGGAAAUGUCUUUUAUUAUUGGAUAGAUAAAACCUGAAACUGUGCAGAUGCAUGGCACCUGGAUUUAUCCAGAUUGACAAGCAUUUUCUGUGUGUGUGUGGCAUAUUGAAUUGGCAAUGAACUAGGGUCUUUCAUGCUUUCCUCAAUUCUAGAGGAAAACUGCAAAUUGCUCAAAUUGCAUGAAGAUUAAUGUCCAUGGAAAUGUCUUUCAUUUUUGGAUGGAUAACACCUGAAACUGUGCAGAUGAAUGGCACCUGGAUUUAUCCAAAUUGACAAGCAUCUUCUGUGUGUAUUGCACAAUGAAUUGGCAAUGAACUACGUUUUUUCAUGCAUCCAUUGAUCCUAGAGGACAAGAAAGUGACGUUUCAUGUUGUGACCUAUUGCAUUAGUUUUGCGGCUAUGAAUAGGAAAGUAACGUGUCUUCUUUUAUAUGUUGUCUUAGUUUAGAUGAAGAAAAUCAAAGGAAAAAUACCAAAGUAAAUUCAAACAUAUUACGGAUUUUGUUGGAUAUCUUUGAUCCAUAUGGGACAUUCAAGAUUGAAGUGAUAAUAUCUUAGAUCUUGUUGGAUAAUUUUGUGCAGUUUGAUAAUUUUUUUUCUUGUUUCAGGUGGUUAUACGAAGACCAGUGCUAGAGUUAUUGCAGAUUCAAUAGUAAACCUCUCAAAAAAGUGCUUGAUUGAUUUUCACCGUUCCAGGUGAAAAUUUAACAGCUGUGUUGAUUCUCUCUUUCUGUGAUAUACAUAUGACAAAACCUCGUUUGUUCACAACUAUUCAGAUUAUUAAGAUUGUAUAUAAGCAAAUAAUGAGGAAAAUUUGUAAAGCAAAGAACGAUGUAUUUACAAAGAUCAUUAUAUAAUGUAGGGAUAAUUACUCA